AUGAACACUAGCCAGGUAUCUGAUGAAAAUCUGAUGAAAAUGUGCGCCUAUGGCUGCCAGUCAGCCGGCGGUCCUCUAGAAACCGGAACCGGAGUGAGGUUUGAAAUACAGCUCCAGGACCGCGUUGGAUGCCUGUUUGAUACAGAGAUGAGCGGUGACAACGUCAAGUUGUUUGUCGGGAACCUUCCUUUAGAUGCAACUCACGACGAGUUAACGAAGCUAUUUGCUCCAUAUGGAGAGAUCAACACCUGCUCUCUGCUCAGACAGUACGCCUUCGUUACCCUGAAGGGAGAGGGGGCAGCAGACAGGGCCAUACGACAUCUUGAUGGCAAAGAGUACAGGGGCAGGCCCUUGGUGGUCGAGGAGUCACGUGCACGCCCACCCAACUCCACAAAAGUGUUUGUGGGGAACCUCGCCGCAACGUGUUCAGCAGAUGACCUGCACGGGCUGUUCUCCACCUUUGGAAGAGUUUUAGACUGUGACAAAGUCAAAGCCAGAUUAUGCUCAAAUGUUGGCUAUGCGUUUGUGCAUAUGGAGAGGAAGGAGGAGGCCCUGGUAGCUAUUGAUGGACUCAAUGGGACCAUGUACAAGGGCCGUCAGUUGGCUGUAGAGUUGUCCAAAGCCCAGCCUUUGAUCAACCAGCUUGCAAUGGCUGGAAACAACCCGGGUGGUGUAGCAGCAGGUGGCAGGGAGGGUCUACUUCCGCGUCCACCUCCAUCACUAGAGCACCAUCAGAGUCAAGCAGCCGUGCUAGCAGCAGCUGCAGCAGCUGCGGCUGGACUACCCAUACAAGUUCAACAAAGUGUCCACAACUCAUUCUACAACACCACGUCCUUUGACCCCACCUACGCUGCUUUGAAGGGCAUUACAAGCGCUAAAGGUGCAGAUGGGGUAAUAUACGGUGCUCUAGCCAGCCAGGUAUAUGGCUCCGUUGCUGACCAGGUGUACCAAGAUAUGGCCAAUCACAAUUCUGCAGCUGUUACCACUGUUGAAGAAGUAGAGCCACAAUCUGGACCAGAUCCAACAACGCUUUUCGAGGCAGCAAGAGCAAAGUUCUUUCAGGAGGGACAGAAGGUUCUGGCAGAGCAGCAGGCAGGGAGAAAGGCAGCAUCAUCUGCAGACAGUGAGCGAGACCGCAGCCCAAUCAGAGGAAACCGGGCCCCCCUCCUCCCCGACCCCGUUCCAGGUUCCUUCGCUCAGAUACGGCCUAAGCGGCGCGCCCUGCUGCCGACGCCACCUGGAGGUCCUGAAGAGUCCCCGGCUGCCACCAACACACCUGAAGGGUCAGAUCCCGUUGCUAGGUCUUACACAGAGUACUACCAGCAAAUGCACCAAUACCAACAGUAUCAACAGUACCAGCAGCAACAGCAGUACCAGUACCUCCAGUAUGCCUACACCAAUCCUCCUCCUCCCCCUCCGCCUCCGCCAGCCACCACACAGGCACAUGCCUCCAUCACAGCCACUGCACCACCGGGGACAUACUCUGCUCCCCCAACGUACGCAGCACCGGGAGCCUAUGCAGCGCCGGGGACAUAUGACACUUCGGGAAGUUACAAUGCCUCAUCAGGGAGCUACAAUGCUUCAUCUGGGAACUACGAUGGCUCGUCAGGAAGCUAUGGCGCAUCUGGAGGCUAUGGGGCACCCGGAGCAUAUGAUUCAUCGGGAGCUUACGCAGCAGCGGGAAGCUACUCCGCAUCCACACCGUAUGAGCAGACACCCGCACACGGGCAACCCAUGCCCCAGCGCCAUGAUUACCCUUACCACACGCCAGAACCCCCUUAUCGAUAGUCCCACCCCCACACACACUCCUUCCACACUGCAGAUGUGUGUGUGCAUGUGUAUUUACUUAAGGGACAGUGCAAAGAGGAAAGCUAGACAGGGAGCAAGGUUGUAAUUUGAAUGUAAUUCAAAUCAGGCGCAUUUUCCCUUUUUCUCCGUCUUAACCUAGUCUUUAUCAUUCUUACCUGUGAGUUGAUACCUGUGUGGCGUAGUGGGACAGCUAAUUUUGUAAAAUUGUCAAGCGUUCACAGUUUCUGUUUGAUAAUGAGGUACAGCUCGUUCCCCAUUGGAUGUUUAAAGAGGCUUAAAUGUUUCUUGGGAUAAAGUUGUACUCAGAGGCCAGGGUAGGAUAUCAUAGGAGAAGCUUUUUGUUUGUACUGAAUCAAGGCCUUUUAUAUACUCUACAUAAACAUGUGCACCACAUAGGGGUUACCUGGGAAACCUGUACAGGAAAAAUAAGCAGUCCGAAUCAAAAUUCCUGCAUCAUCACACUUUUCAAAUAGGGCCCAAAAUGAAAAACACUGAUAAUUUACUAAUUAACUAGAAAACAGAUUAACUGGCUAAAAAAAAGAAAAUGAUCAAUCUGCCCUUUUGGUCUCUUUAAAAUAUGCAUUAUUCUUGCAACCUUCUUAUGAAAACUCAUUUUUCAGAGGUCCACAUGUCUCCAUGAUAACAAAAUUAAAAUAUACAUCCAAACCCACACACUAGUGUUGGCGUAGGACCACCCUGUGUGGAGUAUGUAACAGGCCUGUGUUUUGAAUUCAGCCGCAUUGACCCUUUUAUAACAGCCAGUCUGUUCGUCCAGAUAUUUAACUGCCUGAUUGGUAAUACACGUCAACUAGAAGAGAAAGCAGAAGAAGUGAAAUGGAGCAGUGCUUCGGCGAGGUUUUUGUUGCCUUUACUGGAUAACCUUCUUUUUGUAAAGCUCGAGAAUGUUUGUUCAUUGACCGGCUUUGUCUUAUGUUUCAGGCUGGUUUCACUAAAUGACUACCACUCAAAGUGAUUAUGUAUCACAUUUGUCCUCUAUUUUGGGUCAUUUAAACUGUUGAUAUGGCAAAUUAAUAGACAGAUAAUCGCAAAAGCAACUGAUUUAAUUGAAGGUUAGAAAGUCACUUAGGUUCUGUUACAACCCAAUUAACUCUUGAGUGAUUUUGAGAUUACAUUUUGCCUGCUGGCAUUAAACGUUUUCCUGAGGCUUACUGUUUUCAAGGUGGGAAAAAUUAUUAUAGAGUAAAUUUGUAGUCAACACAGGCCUUUUAAACUGGUUACUACCAGUCUGAUUAUGCAUACGUUCAGUUUCAUAGUUGCAAGGUGUAGCCAGGUUUGAAAAUGACUCAGAUAAAAAGAUAACAAUACAUUGGGAUAAAAUAUUUCCAGCGAUUUAAAUUAAAGUAUGUGACAUUCUCUUGGAGUGGUUUUCCUAAAUUAACCUUUCUUAAGUUUUCUUGCCCGGGCUUUCUGUAUUUCUCGAGGUCUACACAAACUCAGGAGUUUAAUGUAUCCUGUCAAGUUAGUUUUUGCCUCUAAAACACUAGAACAGAAUCAUUAAGUAACUUUGUAGUCAUUCAAAUUUCCUUUUUUAAUUUUAUUUCAUUUUUGUGUAGAAUUGCGAUACAGCAGUUUGUGAGGCAUACCUCGAGCAGGGUGGUUAUCCGAUUACGGUCAUACUUGUACCAUGCAAUGAAUGGUAUUAAACCACUGUGGCAUGUGAGUGUUUGAACUUAAUCUGCUGUAAAAUCCGAUGUUGCAUUCGAUUUUGAAAUGCAUUUCUAAAAAAAUGGGGCCUAGCGGUGAUUCACCAUUUGAGCUGAGAGCAGGUACAAGUGUAUAUUUUUUCUAAAUGCAGUGCAGUGGCGUGUUGCUGAUGUGUGUAGCGUAGGGAUAUUGACUGAGUGGAUAUGAAGUGACAGUCUUGGUGCUGCAGGUGAAUUUGAGGGUUGUGUUGGAUAAAGUACAGGCCGCAGAUUUUUCCGAGUAGCCGUCAGAAGGGCUGAUGACCUUUUCGUUUUCCCUCUUCUGAUCUCUCCAGAACCACACACCUCAUUUUGACACCAGGAUUACAGGCUUUCUCUGCAUUCAUACCACACAUAGACAUCUCCACGCUUAUAUCUAGAUGUAUUUUAACUGGGUUCAUUGCAUUUAACUCAUGUAAAGCAGGCUACAUGUGCAAAUGAUACUAAUGCACACUUAAUUCCAUCAGUAUUUUAUGACUUACAGCAGUAGUACCGUUCGUGAUUGUACCACACCCAAGUGACUCAUCUUAUUUCUUAUUCGCCACCUGAGUUGUCAGUGCUGUGUUAGGUUUCAGUGACACAUAGCCACUCUAAAUUUCCACAUUUUUCCACCUUCUCCAUUUGAACUGUUAGUUGCAUGCCUUGUUGUUGCUGCUGCUCCAGCCACCUUCUUCCUCUUGCUGAUUAUUGCAGCUAGAGUGGGAGGGAGCCAAACUGAGCCCUUGCCCUGGACGUACGCCACACGCAGCUGUAGCGUGGGAUGGGGAAAACAGCAGCGUUAGGCCUGAAACUGCUCUGGACGAUGGGGGGUCCCCCCACUAAGGUAAACACUCAGACAACACACUCCUGCCCCUCCCUGAAAACACCCGUACACACACUCUCAAACACGAUAAUACACGCACCUAUAUCCAUCUAUUUCUCUCCUGUCUUCAGGGAGUUUUAUUUGUCAGGAUUUCAGAUUUUUGGAAAUGGAUCUCCCAACCUUUUUUGAGGGGAGAUAAACUUUUUUCCUGCUUUUGAUUUUCCUGGUCAUAGCGCUGCAUAUUCACCCCAAGCAUCCUCUGCUCAUACAUUCCUGCUCCCAACAUACUGACCGCUCACACACACGCACACACACACACACACACACACACACACACAUACCUGAUUGAGACACGUAUACCAUCUUUAAGUCUAAUUCUGAAGCAGGCAUGUUGUUGUUAGUCUACCCGUAUCUAACAGCCUGCUAUUCAAGAGCACCAGGCAAUCACAGCCAGAGCUGGACGUGGGACAUUUCGCUAGGAUGGGUUGUGUUAGUUUUUGUAAAUGUGCCCUCGGGGCCACUUCGGGAUAAAGUGCCUUGCGUAAGAGCACAUCGAUAGGCCCUUCAUUUCAGAGUUGAAUAACCUGGCUCAGGAUCGGUUGCUGGUUCAACACUCGACUCCCCUUCUCCCCCCCCCCAAACAACGAUUUUUGAUGCCACAUUCAACUUGUAUGAAUGACAAUGAACACAAAUAUUAUCAUUUUGUUUUAAAUUACAUUUUGUCCUAUGUUCUUUGAAAUGUUUAAUUAUCAAUAAAUGAAUUUGA